AGAAACGCACAGACAGCGCCUGCCUCGCCAAGCUUCCGCUUCCGGCCCUUCAGGCUCGCUCUCUGUGGAGACUCGGCUUUGGGAGGGAGAAAGAGGUGGGACCUCGCGCGAGCCGCGCAGGCGCACGGUGGGCAGCUGCAAUGGCGACGCCGUGUGCCCUUAACAGGUAUCUGCUGCUCAUGGCGCAGGAACACCUGGAGUUCCGCCUGCCGGAAAUAAAGUCUUUGCUUUCACUUUUUGGAGGUCAGUUCACCAGCACUCAAGAAACUUAUGGAAAGUCACCAUUUUGGAUUCUUAGCAUUCCCUCUGAAGAUAUUGCAAGAAAUUUAAUGAAACGGACAGUUUGUGCCAAGUCUAUAUUUGAACUAUGGGGUCAUGGACAAUCUCCUGAGGAGCUGUACAGUUCUCUUAAAAAUUAUCCUGUGGAGAAGAUGGUUCCAUUUCUACAUUCAGACUCCACAUAUAAAAUAAAGAUUCAUACUUUCAAUAAGACAUUGACACAAGAAGAGAAAAUCAAGCGGAUAGACGCACUUGAAUUUCUGCCAUUUGAAGGAAAAGUAAAUUUAAAGAAACCACAACAUGUAUUUUCUGUUUUGGAGGAUUAUGGUUUGGACCCAAACUGCAUCCCUGAGAAUCCACAUAAUAUUUAUUUUGGUAGAUGGAUUGCAGAUGGACAGAGAGAGCUUAUUGAGUCAUAUAGUGUCAAAAAGAGACACUUUAUUGGAAAUACAAGUAUGGAUGCUGGUUUGUCAUUCAUUAUGGCUAACCACGGAAAAGUGAAAGAAAAUGAUAUUGUCUUUGAUCCAUUUGUUGGAACAGGUGGCCUCCUGAUAGCAUCUGCUCAUUUUGGGGCAUAUGUAUACGGGACAGACAUAGACUACAACACAGUUCAUGGCUUGGGAAAGGCUAGUAGGAAAAACCAGAAAUGGAGAGGACCAGAUGAAAACAUUAGGGCCAAUCUUCGUCAAUAUGGUUUAGAAAAGUAUUACCUUGAUGUCCUGGUUUCAGAUGCAUCUAAACCUUCCUGGAGAAAGGACACAUAUUUUGAUGCAAUCAUUACUGAUCCUCCAUAUGGUAUCAGAGAAUCUACAAGAAGAACAGGUUCACAGAAGGAAAUACCAAAGGGGAUAGAAAAAUGUCCAGAAAGCCAUGUUCCUGUUUCCUUAAGUUAUCAUCUGAGUGAUAUGUUUCUUGACCUAUUAAACUUCGCAGCUGAGACCCUCGUGUUAGGUGGAAGACUCGUCUAUUGGUUACCGGUGUAUACGCCAGAAUACACUGAAGAGAUGGUGCCUUGGCACCCCUGCCUGAAACUCAUUAGCAACUGCGAGCAGAAGCUUUCCAGUCACACAUCAAGGCGCUUGAUCACAAUGGAAAAGGUGAAGAAAUUUGAGAAUCAAGACCAGUAUUCACAUCUGCUAAGUGAUCAUUUUCUGCCAUACCAAGGUCAUAAUUCCUUCCGUGAGAAAUAUUUUAGUGGGGUGACAAAAAGAAUUGCCAAGGAAGAAAAAUCCAGCCAGGAAUGAAAAUUAAGAUUUUGACAAUGAAGAAAGCAUAAGAAUUUGAUAGAAAAGACAUCUGGAUGUGAACUUUCAUGUAUGAUCCAGAAAAUAUGUACUGCUUUAAAAUAUUUUACAUAAGAAAGCUACAAAGUAAACUGAGCAAUGUUUUAAAAGUUAUCUUUGUUUUGUAGACUUUUUUGUUGUCUGAUUUACAGUCUUUUUAAUCUUAUUUAAUGUAUAUUUGUACUUUUAAGUAUUGAUGGAGAUGGACUCAAAACAGUUAUUUUUUUUACAAUUAAUCUACAAGGGAAUUAAUACUGUUGACUUUUAAAACAUCUGCUGGAUAUAUUAUAAGCAGUUAAUAGUAGUUAAGAAUUUAUUCAUUUGGUAGAUGCGUUUAUUUGGUUUUUGAUUGUCAUCGAUUUACAUUGCCACUAAUAAACCAUAUUGAGAAUUUCUAAAAUAGUGUUGUAUCUAGUUGUUUUCAGGGGGGAUGUGAUGAGGGAAAUAAAUUUUUUUGUAGAAAUUCCAGACAAGGAAGUCAUAAUGCUAAUUGUGAUGAUAAGAAAGGCUAAGACAUAACUACCUAAAAAGAUUCUAAACUCCUUAAGGCCUGUCUACAUUUGAAGCUCUUUUGUACCUUGGAUUUGCUCCUGCAUUCCUAACUGUUGACUGUUGGUCAAGUUAACUACCCACAAUUUUUGGUUUAGAAAGUAACUGAUAGUUAAAAGCAGUAACAACAACACAAAUCCUUGAUGGUUCCCUAAUGGUAUUAAGCCUAAUCAGUGCCCUUUGAAAUAGAAGCUAUAUUUUUCUUGAAGGAGAAACUUUGCUGAGUCCACAUGGUGUCCAUCAUGAAAAUAUCUUGUUUGAAAACCACUAUACCCAUUAAUUCAGGAUGCUAAUAGCUUUCUUGCCUUUGGUGGUCAAAUGUACCUCAGCAGGGUGGCAGUAAAUGGAUCCUCUCUUUCUAACCAGAGUCUAUAUUAUUUAUUAUUAUUUUAGUGUUACUGCUGACUUUUAUGGACUCAAGGUAUUAAUGUGCAUGGGUUAGGACCUCCAAAAGCCCAGUGCUGCUCAAGCAAAGAGACAUCAGGCUAUCUGCUUUGGUCUCUCUCCUUUUCUUGUCUUGUAGCUCAGGAUUUCAGCAGCAUAUCUCAAACAUUUCAGUGAUUAUUUUGUUUGGGUUUCUGGAUGUGAUUUGUGGUACACUGGGGGAAAUCUAAAAGUAUUCAAGGAUGAUUUAUUUUCAGUAUUUCUGUUGUAAAACACCUUAAAGUGUUUUGAGGUUAUAUGGCGAGGUGCAUUUGAAACUUUGUCACUGACUCAAUUUGGAAUAUAAAGUUUUAGCUUAGCCCCUUUUUUGGGUGGUUACAAAAAUUAGUCCAAAUAGUUCUGGAAAGUUGCAAUAUUAAUUUUAGUCAUACUAUUCUUAAAAAUUAUCUAACACUUUAAAAUAUAUUUCAAAUUAUUUGAUAUUACUACUAAUUGAGGUCUUCUAAACUAUGAUUCUUAUUAUGAGGCUUAUUUUCAUAUUAAUCAGGAAAUUUAGUUUCCCAUUCCUGAAAUGCCACUCGGCUCAGAGUAUAUACAAUUGUUUAGUUGGUACUCAUAAACAAAAAAAGAAACCUGAUUACUUCGAAAUCUCAAGCCCUCUUAUUUUGAGAGAGUUUUAUUUUUUGGCAUUAGGAUCUUGUUACUUUUGGCGUAAGUUAAAGCAGAUCAUUUCCAGAAUUGCCCUGGUUUUCUGUGUUACCACUGUAUUCCUCGUGUGCUUACAACAACAGUAUCACCUAGCAAAUUGCCUGCAUUUCAGAUAGUUAUGUAGUUUGGAUUUACAGUAUAAUCUGUGAAGGAACGCUAGGUGGUCUGUGGACAGGCCCACUUUAAUGUUUAUAAUAUGACAAAAUCUGUAACUUUGUUUCUGGCAUAUAUUAAAUAUCCAUAAAAUCCAGAUAGUUACCUUGGUGGCAUUUCAUCAGAAGUGCCUUCUUCCUGUUCAUUCUGGUGAGUACUUUUUGCCGUGAUAGCUGGGAGGGAAUAGUGGAGUAGGUGGUCUUUGUGUUUAGCCAAAGUGGCCAGCAGAUUUUAAAAAGUUUAAAAUCUGCUACAAUUUUCUCAGCCACUUCCUGCCCAGGGUGACCCAGCUUUGGGCCAGCUUGCCGCUGACUUCCUUGUGACUAACUCUUUAAAUACAAGAAUUAAGCAAUAAAACAUUUUCAAACAGUUUAAGCUGUGGGAGGUAAGUCAGUAUUGCCACUAUUUCCUUGUUGAGAAAGCUCACUCAAAUAUUGAGAUUCCCUACAUAUUUAAGAAGAAUGGCAAUUAUAAGUUU